CGCGGGCGCGGUGCGCCUGCGCACUGCGGGAGGCGGCGGCGGGGGAGGGGAGGCGCUGCGGGCUGGGUUCUGCUCCGUGCUGGGUUCUGCUCCGUGCUGCCUCUGUGCGCGCCUUGCUGGGGAGCGGGCGUAGCGGAGGGCAGCACCGGCCUCCGGGCCUGGCGCUGUGAGGGGCGGCCCCCGAGCCUGUGGGGAGGUUAACGGGCGCCCUGGGGCCCGGCAGGCUGCCCGUGCCCCGGGUCAGCGCCGUGAGGGUGCAGCUUCUGCGCUGCGCCUGGCUGUUUUCCCUUUCUGUAAGAGAGGCGAGGCUGUUCCUGCUUGAAAGUAUAGGAGUUGUGCUCUCAAAUGUCUGUGGUGUAAGUGUAAGUGUUGCUGAGCUCUUCACGUUGAUUUAGACAGUUGGGAGUUAGGAUGAGGAAGUAAGCUCGGUCAGGGUGGCUGCUGCCUUAACGCGGGCUUGGGAAACUUGUUUGUUGAGCAGCGGCGACAUCUUCUGGCCGGAGGAAAAGAUGCUGCGACUUGCAUGUCGGAUCACGUCAGGAAGGGUCGUUUUACCAUGGCGCUAAUUUUAAAGAAUCCUAAAAUUAUAUUGCUCAGGCAUGUAUGCUGUUGAAGGGUCUUAUGUAAAGGUAAUAAAUUACCAAAACUGAAUUCUCAUCUUAAUUAGAUGUUGCAGAACAGAGGAAGUUUUGUAAGUUUGACUAUGAGAAUUGUUGCAUGCUAUCAGGAUCUCAAGCUUUUUUCUCAGUACUUCACUGAAUUGUCCUUUAUCCGGAUCACAGCCUUCCUCUUCCUCCUUACCGAUUUCUACAAUGCAAUUAUGCUUUGUUAAUAAUGUGUUUUACAGCAAUAUCUGUUUCUAGUAUAUCUUUUAUACCUAUUAUGUAUUAUAUAAGAAAUAGCAAAGCCAGCUUCUUACAGCUGUUAAAACCGAUUUUUGGAAGGUAUGCUUCAUUAUUCUGGUUCAGUCUUUCAUUCUGGAAAAUGUUGCUAGGGAAAGACUUCAAGAUAAUGCCAGUACAGUUAAGCUUCAGAAGUAAUAGGACAGACACUUUAUUUGUUCUUUAAACUGCAAAUUAUUUGAGCUUUUUUUAUUACCUGGUUAAAAGUUACCAGUAAAACAGAUAACUGGCCAAGUAGGUGAAUGACUGUCAGCCAAGAAGUUUGUCAGUUAGGAGAAAAGAUCAGUCUGCUUUAAUGCUGAAAGCUUAAUUUUAAGCAUGGGGCAUCACAGCUUUAUUUAGAAAGAUACCUUGUACUUGGCUAGAAGAUCCUUAUUCAGUUUUAGCUCAGGUUCCUUAUGCUAAAAUUCCAAUAAUAUUUUCUUUCCUGAAUUGGCUUCUAGUUUAAUUCUAUCUAAUACAGUUUUCUAGUUUAUUGUAUCUAUAUAUCUGUAUGGAUAAAGAAUGAUUUGUCUCUAGAUUAACCAGGAAGGAUCUGUAUGUUGCCAGAUCCAGAACUGAUUAAAGAUGUAAUGUUUUACUUUGUUGGUGGAUGUUCUCUUCUGUUAUAAAAAGAAAAUGUUCACAGAGAGAUGUAGUUAAAUGCAUUUAAAUGAGUUUUCCAGGAGGAAUCCCCACAGCAACUCCAAGGAGUGACAGCAGUUACUUUAUUCUUGCUGAAACUGAUGCAUUGUCCUACAGGUGUAAAUGGAGUCUCAGUACCUGAAGAGAUGCCUGGGAAAUUGCUUAGUAAAGGGACUGGCAGAGGUGGUAGAGCAUCGGCCAGCUGACCCAAUUGAGUACCUGGCACACUGGAUUUAUAAUUACAAGAGAAUCUUAGAUGAAGAACAAAAGAGAACGUUGGAGAGGACUGAGCUGGAACAAGAACGGGAGGCAGCCCUGGAAGAUCUCAAAAUGUUAGAAAAAAUGAAGGAAGAAGAACUUAAAAUCCAGCAGAAACUUGAAGAAGAACGUCAGGAGCAGUUGGAACGAGAACGUGAGGAGUUGGAACUGCAGAGGAUAGAAAAGCAGAAAGCAGACAAAUGGCUGUUGCAGCAGAAAAAUCAGGAGGAACAAGAAAAGACAAUAGCUGAACUUACAGAUAGAUUUGGAGCACCUAAUCUGACCCGAGUUGAGGAGCUAGAUGAGAAUGGACAGUCUGAGGGUAUAACAGAUAUCAUGGUGGAAUCGGAACAAGAAAGGUCCCAACCGAUCUGAAAGCAGUAAAUAUAUUUUCUACACAUUACCUGCUGAUCCUGAAGUGUAAUGACUUAAUGUAGAUUAUGUAUUUUAUAUAGAGAGUUGAUUUAUAUACCUGCUGUUUCUGUUUGCUAUGCUUUCUGGGCAUUUGUAUAAAGUCUGUUAAUUCUGGCAUGCAGUGCUUCCUUGUUGUUCUUAAACCAUAAUAGCUAGCGUGGCUGACUCAGAGGAAAACUGUAACUGAUAUGAAAGCAGUAAAUAUGUUUUCUACUUAUUACCUAUUGAUUCCUGAAAUGUUGAACUUAAUAUAAAUAAGUAUUUUUUUUAUAUAAAUAAUCUAUCAAGGUUAUCUUGGGGUAGAGGCAACAAUAUGAUAAUUUGAGUCAACAUUAAAAGAAUAAAAAAUUACUGAAACAGGAUUUUCCAAGGAUUUGAAUGGUUUCUGAUUUGGAGAGGGAAUGUUUUAAAGUUCUGAACAAUUAGCUCAAUCCAAAAAUUUAAUUGCAAGAUUUAUGCUAUCUGGAAGAGGUAAACUGAGCUUUCUGUGGCUUAUAGACAGACAUACUAAAAGAUCUUGUCUAACUUAAAAAUCAUGAGGUAUGUUUUGUAACAUUAGGGGUUUACUCUAGGCUUUAUAGCCUUUUGUGCUCAUUAUGUGAUACAGGUUAGCUGCAAAUGCCUUACAAGAAUUAUCUAUGUACCACUUUCGGUUAGUAAAGUCUUAAAAUAAUCUUCUUUUCUGCAUUUCUUUUGAAUUUCCAAAUUGAUAUAUUACAUCUGUGUUGCAUUUUUUUUUUUAAACUAAAUACCAUCAUUGGUUUUCAGAACUUCACUUUUUAAAAUUUUGGAUUAAUAUUUAGGCUAAUCCAUAUUUACCUAUAAAAAUCAUUUUUAUAAUACUUAAAGAUCCCAUUAAUUUUUAUAAGAACAAAUUUCUGUAAUCAUUGAUAUCUUGGUACAGGUCGUCAAGACUGUUUAAUGUCUGUUCAUUAUAAAUGGAAAAGAUACCAGCAUUACGAAAUCCUAUGCUUCUUGGCUGAAAAAUGCCUUUCCGUCUUAGUGUCUUCUAAUAAUACAGGUUAGUUGGACAAUUAACAUUAAGUUAUUGCCAGUAUUGUGCAAUGAAAUACUCUCCAUUACAAAUUCAGUGCAAAGUUAAUUUAUUUGCCAUUCUUUAGUUUUGGGAUGAGAGAGAUUUUGGGGAUAGUUUCACUUUGCUACUUCAUUUAUAUUAUAGCUGGCUUUUAAAGUUUUUGCUGUCUUUAGCAAACUACUAAAACACCCAAGAAGCAAAGGUCAAUCAUGUAAUAAGUAUUUUUCUGCUCUAAAUAAUUGAUUCUGUUCAUGUAGUGUAUGCUAGGCAAGAUCCUGUCCUUUUUUUAAAGGAGAUCACUGUUGAUUUUCCCCUUAAAGAUAAUAAGGCUGCUGCCCAUCUGUUAAAAAAGCAGUUGUCCUCUUCACUGAUAUAUCACUUUUACUGUAGACUCUGUUAAUUUGCAUGUUGGAUAUGAACCUUUUUAUUAGAACAAAAGAAUAGCAUUUCCCAGGUAUAAAUAUUGAUGAAUAUUUGUGCAACUCUUUAAGUCAUGAACAAUGGGACUACUUGUGUGACCAGGCGGUCCAGCUUUGGUAUCUACAUUUAUUUUGUAUUGGUAUAGGUAUGCAAUUUCCACAAAUAUCAAAGCAUCAAGAACCUUUUCUGUGGAAUGAAUGUGUCCUUCUGGUUGAUAUUCCAGUAAACAGGUUUUGUCACAGCUUAUGAUUACACUUAUUAGCAACAGUUAAACUAGUAAUCCUUAAGGUUGUACUUUGAUACUACAGUUUGAAUUACAUCUGCAAACACUGUAUACCCCGCAGCUUCUUAUGCGUAUCUCAAAUGGAUAGAGUAACUGCAUAAAUAUAUGGAGUUUGUCUUUUGAACCAGUAUGUAUACUGCAAACUUGUUUUUAGAUUAAAAAUUUCAAAAACAGUUCAAAAAUUGGUGAAUAAUUCAUGUUCAUUUACAUUUUAUGUUAUCAUAUCGACUGAAAAUUUCAGACUUCAUAUUUGCUUAGGAAUUCUGUUUAACUUAUAAGACUAUUUUAAAACCUACUAGUAAACAAUUCUAACUACUAUUUCCAA